AUGGCAAGGAUCGUGAGUGCUAUUUAUUCACAGUGGGGUAUUGGGUGUAAGCUCAAGGAUUUUCAUCUUGCCAUGGCGAGAUUGCUUGAGCUUGGGGCGAUUGAGCGUCCCGUGGAUGUAUUACAUCCGGAAAUAUGGGACAAAUGCACUGCCGCGCUAGCCGAAGACACAAAAUCUUCCGGCAGCGGCAGAUAUCUUAAAGCGUGGGGCAAAACUGUCCCUGAGAGCGAUUCGCUCGGCAGCGGGGACCCAGGGGGGCUCAGCGCGACACCCGCUCCCCCAGAUCAGAGCCCACCCCCCCCCGCAGGAACCCCCCGCGACACCCCCGCCGCCGAAAAUCCCCAAAAACCCCCCCCCGCGCAAACCCCCCGAGAGACCGCAAAUUCCUCCGAGCCGCCGCCGCCGCCCGCCCGCGAUCCGAUACCGGAGACGCAAGAGCACGCGGAGCGCUUCUGGCAAAGGCUGCUAAAAGAAGCCAGAGCCGCCGAAACGGCGGUUUGGGAAGACGGCGUGGCCACGCCGCCUCCCUACCCGUUUGAAAAUGGCGCCGGGAGCGAGGGAGAGGGGCGGGGCUCGGGCGGUCCCGGCGCGAACACCCGAGGGGGGGAGCGCGAUCUCGGGAAUGCGCGCGCGCGGGAGAAAGGGGCGGAGGGCGGCGCGGGACACAGAACCGAUCGGCAGCUGCAGAGCAGCAACAGCUCCAGCAGCUCAGAGGAGCUGACGGAAGCUAGCGAUGGCUCCGAUUCAGACGAAACGGAGCCGGCACGGCUUGAAACAAAGCCGGCGAUAGAUUCCUCUACCCUGCCGACAGAGGCAAGGGGCCCCGUGGUGGCCGACUGCCUGCGUCAGCAGUGCAACUCCGUCACUAAGGAUAUCUUACGUUCCCUGCCAGCCGGGGCUAGCCUGGCGGACAUGAUCAGACAUGUAGUAAGGGAAGAGCACCUGACACCCAUUCAGGCGGCCAUCCACACCCUGACCAGUGCCAUGGCGUGUUUCAAGUGCGGAAGCAACCAACUUCAUACCCCUGCCAGCGAGUAUCACGGCACAGCCUGCGGCGCCUUCGUACCCACCGCCACCGCAAGCAGCGCCUGUGCCACAGGGUCAGCAGGGGGCGCCUCAGAACAGGAGCAGACUGCACAAUCCUACCCCAAGCCCUGUGGUCCCGACACUGGCCACCCCGUAUGGGUCGAGCAGUGGCCCCUGUCAAAGCCUCGAAUGACAGCCUUGCUGGAACUGGUCGACCGCGAGCUACAAAAGGGCCACAUCGAACCCUCCACCAGCCCGUGGAACACCCCUGUGUUUGUAAUCCCCAAGAGAUCAGGAGAAGGCUACCGCCUCGUCCACGACCUGAGGGAGGUAAACAAAACAAUUCAGCCCAUGGGUCCAGUUCAGACACUGCUGCCCGCGAACUCAGCCAUCCCCGAAGGGCAGCCGUGCGCAGUGUUGGACAUCAAAGACUGCUUCUUUUCAAUACCCCUGCAUGCCGAGGACAAAGAACGGUUCGCCUUCUCCGUCGUGUUCCCGAACGGCGAGCGACCUAACCUCCGCUUCCAAUGGAAGGUGCUACCUCAAGGCCUUGUGGACAGCCCGACCAUAUGCCAGAUCACCGUGGACAGGGCACUGAUGCCAGUCCGACACUCCCACCCUGCUGCGACCAUCAUUCAGUACAUGGACGACAUCCUCGUCGCCGCACCGUCAGCAAGCCAAGUGGAUCACCUAGUGUCCACGAUCACGGAAACCCUCCAGGCCAACGGCUUCGAGAUCGCGAACACGAAGAUCAAGAGAGGACCGUGCGUGACCUUCCUGGGAGUGGGGAUCACAAACUCCUACGUGACCCCACCCAAGAUAAAAGUCCGCCGAGACAUCAAGACCCUCCACGACAUGCAGCGACUCGUAGGAUCUCUGCAGUGGCUCCGCAACAUCAUCCUAGUUCCGCCAGAGGUCAUGGACCCCCUGUAUGACCUCCUGAAAGGAAAACACCCGUGGGACCACAAGGAGCUGACGCCGCAAGCAACGAAAUCCCUCGACUUCAUCGAACGUCAGAUGUCCACCAGCCUGCUUGCCAGGUGGAACCCGGGCGUACCACUGGACUUAUACGUCCACUUCACGCAGAAGGGAGGAGUGGGAGCACUUGCCCAAGGACCUUCCGAAAAAUCCCAGCCGAUCCAGUGGGUGGUCCUCGGAAGACCAACUCACGCAUUCUCCCCAGGAGUUGAGUGCAUUGCUAACCUCAUCACGAAAGGCAGGAGACUCGCCCUGAGACACCUGGGAACCGAGCCGGCAAGGAUCCACCUCCCCUUUCGCAAGCGACCGACCACGGAGUCAACUGCAAUAUCGGAACACCUAGCCCUCGCUCUCACCGGCUUCGGAGGAGAAAUUUCCUACGCCACCAAACCACCCUGGACCCAGCUACUGACCAUCGUCGACAUAGAUGUGCCACCGAAGGUCAUGGACCGACCGCAACGGAAAUAUCUUCCCCAUGCCUUGCCUAUUGCAAUGACUUUGCAGUUUGUGAGAGGCCUAGGCUUUAUUGAUUUGAAGGAUUUCUUACAGUAUACUCACCUCUUUAUUUUUAAUGAAGUGGCCUAA